CAAAGGUAUCUCAUAGACACGCAAUAUUGUUGAACCUAAAUUAACCAAAUAGAAAUAUUGAAAAAGGUUGUUUAUAUAUGGCUCCCAAAAUUGUAACCUUCUAUGUUGUAAUUGAGUAAACUGUUGUUUUUUCUUCGACCAUGAGCAUGGGGAUAUAUCAACUAUUUGUUCCCUAUGCUGCUGUUCUUCUCUUGUGCAUAUGCAUGCCUUUGUUACAUAGUGCUUCUCCCACCACCACCAUAUUUGAAGGACAUGAGAGAGAUCGGCUAGCAUUGCUUGCCAUCAAAGCUAAGAUGACUGAUGAUCCUAUGCUGAUCACAAGUUCAUGGAAUGACUCUCUCCAUUUCUGCCAAUGGCAUGGUGUUUCAUGUGGCCACCGCCAUCAAAGAGUCACCAUCUUGAACUUGCAGUCCUGCAAUUUGGUCGGUUCUAUAUCACCUUCCAUUGGAAACCUUAGUUUCCUCAGAAUUAUAAAUCUCUCAAACAACACCAUCCAUGGAGGGAUCCCUCAUGAAAUUGGUUUUCUAUUCAGAUUGCAAAUUCUGAACUUGGCGAACAACUCGUUGGAGAAACAAAUUCCACCCAGCCUCUCUCACUGUUCUAACCUAAGAGUUCUUGAUAUAGGAUACAAUAAGCUCAUAGGGAAAAUUCCUGUGGAGCUUGGGUCAUUAUCCAAGCUGGUGAGGCUACAUAUCUUAUCCAACAAUUUGACUGGAGCGAUCCCACCUUCUUUUGGGAACCUUUCAUCUCUUGAAGCUCUUCGAAUGGGAAACAAUAUGCUGGAAGGAAGUAUCCCAGACUCACUAGGCCAACUGAAAAGCUUAACACUUAUUGUGCUAAUGGGGAAUGAACUAUCUGGUAAGAUCCCUCCAUCUAUCUAUAAUAUUUCAACACUUGCUAUGUUCAUUGCAGCGGACAAUCAACUUGAAGGAAGUCUUCCUCAGAAUUUAGCACUCACUCUUCCUAAUCUUCGAUGGUUUUAUAUUUGGGGAAACAAAAUUAUCGGAUCCAUUCCUGUUUCACUGUCAAAUGCUUCAAACCUUGAAGUGCUUGACAUCUCGGAGAACAGAUUUUCUGGUGGGAUGCCCAUUAAAUUUGGAAAACUAAAGGACCUGUACUGGCUUAGUAUGGAUAAUAUUCUUAAGAGGAGUAAGAAAGCCAAUGACUUGAAUUUCAUCUCAUCUUUGACUAACUGUACCAAAUUGAGGAUUUUAUUUCUAGGCGACAAUAAUUUUGUAGGGGUGUUGCCUAGUUCCAUAGCCAACCUGUCAAACAAACUCCAAUAUUUUGGAGUGGGAGGAAAUGAAAUAUCUGGAAACAUUCCAACAGGUAUUGGAAAUCUCCAGAACUUAUGGUCUCUAGAUAUGGAAGGAAAUCAAUUGGAAGGAAGUAUUCCAACCUCUAUCGGACUACUUCAUAAGCUACAAGAAAUGGGGGUUGGUAAAAACAAACUGUCAGGGGAAAUCCCUUCCUCCAUUGGGAAUCUAACGCUGUUGAACCAGCUCUGGUUAGAGGAAAAUAAAUUUCAAGGAAGCAUACCUUCAGCUCUCGGAAACUGCAAGAGUUUAAUUCUGUUGCAUCUGUAUGGUAACAACCUGAGUGGUACCAUACCCUCAGAAGUUAUUGGUCUGUCAUCUUUAACAAAAUCCCUGAACCUUUCUCAAAAUGGGCUCAGCAGUCCUCUACCUUUAGAAGUGGCCAACUUGAAAAAUCUUGGUGAAUUAAAUGUUUCCCACAAUGAGUUAUCAGGUGAAAUUCCUACCAGUCUUGGUAGUUGCUCAAGUUUAGAACACCUUCUUAUGGAUUGUAAUUCCUUUGAAGGACUAAUUCCAGGGUCCUUGAGUUCUCUGACAGCCGUUGAAGAAUUGGACCUUUCACACAAUAAGCUCUCUGGUGAAAUUCCAAAAGAUCUUGGGAACCUUCGCUUGUUACGGAUUUUAAAUCUCUCUUUCAAUGAUCUUAAGGGUAAGGUACCUACAAGAGGAGUUUUUGAUAAUGCAAGUGCAAUUUCAAUUUAUGGAAACACAAAGCUUUGUGGAGGUAUACCUGCAUUACAGUUGCCAGUAUGCUCUGCUGAUAAACCAGGGAAGAAGAAAACAUCUCUUAUUCUCAAGGCAAUAAUCCCCACAGCUUGUGGAGUUCUAGGGAUAAUUUUGCUGUCAUCUUUUCUACUCCUUGUCAAGAAGAGAAAGCAACACCAACCUUCUUCGGUAUUUGAAUUGAUGCAACCAUUUCUUAAUGUUACUUAUGGACAACUCCUCAAAGCGACGGAUGGGUUCAAGUCGACCAAUUUGAUUGGUAUGGGAAGCUUUGGUUCAGUAUACAAAGGAAUUCUUGACCCAAGUGGAAUAGCCAUUGCAGUGAAAGUACUCAACUUGCAACACGGAGGAGCAUCUGGGAGUUUCAUGGCUGAAUGCCAAGUAUUGAGGAACAUUCGCCAUAGAAAUCUUCUCAAGAUCUUAACUGCUUGUUCAAGUAUUGACUUUCACGGCAAUGAUUUCAAAGCCCUCGUAUAUGAAUUCAUGCCAAAUGGGAGUCUCGAGACUUGGUUGCAUCCAGUUCUGCAAACAAGUGAUGUACCUGGUCAGGAACCAAAGAGGUUGAACCUUCUUCAGCGACUAAAUGUAGCUAUUGACGUGGCUUCUGCUUUGGAUUAUCUUCAUAAUCAUUGCCAAAUACCAAUCGUUCAUUGUGAUCUAAAGCCAAGCAACAUUCUUCUUGAUAGCGACAUGACUGCUUGUCUGGGUGAUUUUGGGUUAGCAAGGUUCCUACAGCAACACAACAAUGAAUCUUCUCAAAAUCAAACCAGCUCUAUGGGUAUCAAGGGAACUAUUGGAUAUGCAGCGCCAGAUGGGUUCAACCUUCACAAAUUCGCUAAGACGGCUUUGCCAGAACAAGCGACGGAGAUUGUCGAUCAGAUGUUGGGUAUGGACGAGGAGGAAGCAAUCUUGGCCAGCAGCAGUUCUAGGACAUAAGUGACAAGGGAUAAAAUCCACGAGUGCUUGAUUUUAAUAUUCAGAAUUGGAGUAGCAUGUUCCUUGGAGGCACCAAGGGAACGAAUGACCAUUCUUCAUCCUGUUGAGGAACUGAAAUUGAUUAAGAACAUGCUCUCUCAGAAUAGGACUCUAGACAUGCAUGCACAAUAGGGCAGCUGCUCUCUAUUUUGGUUCGGUUUGCUCUCUUAUCCUCAAGGUAUCCUGAGUUUCUUCAAUAUGUUAUGGGCAACUAUGCCUUGUCCAUUUUUUUAACGACUUUCUUUUUCAUGGAGUUAGUAUUGAGAAUAUUAAGUGCUAAGAGUGUGAAGCAUGUGGAAAGACUUGAAGGCUCUUCAUUUCAUGCAUUGAAAGCCCCUGUUGUAGUCUGUCAUAAUAAGCUCUCACUUUUCAGUUAACAGCCCGUUCUGUUUGCUGCUAGGACCUACAAGAAAAAAUGAAGGAAAUAAAUUACAAAGGUUGCUCAUGUUUUUCAAAUGUUUAUAAAUGGUGAAGGCAUCUUCUUAAAACUACAAUCUCCAGUCACU